GUCACUGAAGAACAUUGGUUUCACGUUCUUUUUAAGCCACUGUAAGCAUGAACACCUGCCACGAGAUGAUUUCGACUAGAUGAAAUUCUUCAAGAUUUUACGUCAUUACAGUUCGUUAACAAAAUUCUUUUUGGUGCACGAUUCUCACUCUUUAAACUGGAAUCUAACACUUCAAAUCAUUAUCAAUCAUGAAUCGCUACAGCGCCUUUGCGGUUUUGCUAAUAUGCAUUAGUAUAUCGGGUUAUUAUGCUGAAGAUUGUUCUUACUACAAAGUGGGCGUUCAAAACUAUUUUGAGUGUAUCCUAUCUUGCUAUAAAGAAGCAUUUGUAAUGGAUCACAUAGAAGGCACUAUCUGCUCUAAACAAAUCUCCCUUGGUGGCCAUGCACCGAAUGGAUUUACUGCAGCUCAAGUCGAAAAUUCAAUCAACUGUAUAUCUGCCAGAUGCAGAGCAACUCUACCGUCAACAGUAUGCGAGAUCUCAACUUCUGGAGGUGGCUUUAUCUUUGGAGGUGGAACUACUUCUGGAGGUGGCACUACUUCAGGAGGUGGCACUACUUCAGGAGGUGGCACAACAUCCGGAGGUGGAACUACUUCUGGAGGGGGAACUACUUCUGGAGGUGGAACUACUUCUGGAGGUGGAACUACUUCUGGAGGUGGGACUACUUCUGGGGGUGGAGGUUCCAGUUCAAGCUCAAGUAGCGGUUCAACAUUCGUAACAGACGCUGAUGGUAAUGUGUUUGAGUAUUAUUAUGACUGCGAUGAAGAAACUGAAGCGACGGCUGAAGCAAGCACCGAUUAUUAUGAUUCUGAUUAUUAUUAUUCUGAUGAAUAUUAUGAAAGUGCAGAAGCUGAUGCCUCUGCAACUGCUUCCGGUGGCAAUGCUGCAGCAGCUGCAGAUGCAUCAAGUGGUUCAGAAAGCGUGCCCAAACCAGCUCCAGCUCCUAUUCCAGUACCAGUUCCUGCACCGCCACCCAAACCAGCACCCGCUCCAGCUCCUAUUCCAGUACCAGUGCCUGCACCGGCACCUCUACCUGCUCCAGCACCUAACAAUGGAGGAAGCUUCUGGAAUUGGAAUAAAGGUUCGUCUGGUAAUUCCCAGGUUCAAAAUAAUGGAGGACAAGGAGGAGGUACUCCAGGAGUCACUCGAAUUUACUGGAAAUGGAUACCUGGAUCAAACGGAGCACCUGGCAAUCAGGGCAAUUUGAAUACUGGUAACGUGAACCAGGGUGGAUCGAAUGGUGGAGGAGGAAAUCAAGGAGGUUUCAAUGGUUUCGGUGGAAAUCAAGGAGGUUUCAAUGGUGGAGGAGGAAAUCGGGGAGGUUUCAAUGGUGGAGGAGGAAAUCAGGGAGGUUUCAAUGGCGGAGGAGGAAAUCAGGGAGGUUUCAAUGGCGGAGGAGGAAAUCAACGAGGUUUCAAUAAUGGAGGAGGAAAUCAGGGAGGUUUCAAUGGCGGAGGAGGAAAUCAAGGAGGUUUAAAUAAUGGAGGAGGAAAUCAGGGAGGUUUUUAUGGUGGAGGUGGCAAUCAGGGAGGAUUUAAUGGCGCAGGCGGAAAUCAGGGAGGAUUUAAUGGCGCAGGCGGAAAUCAGGGAGGUUUAAAUGGUGAAGGUUCACAUACUAUAAUCAGAUGGGUACCCACAGGAGGAAACGGCGAGAAUCACGGAGCAUUUGGAAAUGGUGAACAAUUUCAAGGUGGUGCAAGCAGUGCAGCAGCUAGUUCAGCAGCAUCGGCCGGUGCAGGAAAUAGUGGAAAUAAUAAUGGAAUGAGAUGGUUAUCACCAGGAGGAAACAGUGGAAAUUUAGGAGCUCCUGGAAAUGGCCAAUAUCUUGGAGGUGGAGCAAAUAAUGCAGCAGCUUCAGCGGCAGCUAGUUCAGCAUCAGGUGGAAAUGGAGGAAACUUCGGCCCACGUAUGGGAGGUUUCGGAGCAAGUGGGAGUAAUGCAGGCGGAUUCGGAAAUUUUGGAGGAAGUGGGAGUAGUGCUGUAGCUUCCGCAGCAGCAACUGGAUAAAAAUUCAAAUAGUGUUCUAAGAUCUUUGGCAGCACAAGGCGAUAACCAAAGAUCAGCAAUUUUUAAUAAUUUUGGAUGGAAUGGACAAAGUGAGCCUAUCACCAUAGAAGGAAAUCAAGCUUAUUGGCACAGGAACCGAUGAACACAUUCCAAUUGAAUAGAUAGUAUAGUGUCAAAUAAAGUAUGCUUAUUCGAUAA